CCUGGUCGGCUAAGGGAACCGUGACGAGUCCGGAAGCGCCUGCGCGCGCCCCUCCGCACGAGAACUAGUUUUGUUCCGAGUCCUACGGACGGGAGCUGCUCCGAGAGAACACCCCGCAGAACUACACCGACCCUCACCAGCACCGCAGCAAUGACCAGCAACAGCUUCGCUUAUAAUGAACAUUCCGGGGGAGGGGAGGCGACGGAGCUGGGUCAGGAGGCGACCUCAACCAUUUCCCCCUCCGGUGCCUUCGGCCUCUUUAGCAGCGAUUUGAAGAAGAAUGAAGAUCUAAAGCAAAUGUUGGAGAGUAACAAAGAUUCUGCUAAAUUGGAUGCAAUGAAACGGAUUGUUGGGAUGAUUGCAAAAGGGAAAAAUGCAUCUGAACUGUUUCCUGCUGUUGUGAAGAAUGUGGCCAGUAAAAAUAUUGAGAUCAAGAAGUUAGUAUAUGUUUACCUGGUUCGAUAUGCUGAAGAACAGCAGGACCUGGCACUCUUGUCCAUAAGUACUUUUCAACGAGCUCUGAAGGACCCAAAUCAACUAAUUCGUGCAAGUGCUUUGAGAGUUCUGUCAAGUAUCAGAGUACCAAUUAUUGUGCCUAUUAUGAUGCUCGCUAUUAAGGAAGCUUCUGCUGAUUUAUCACCAUAUGUUAGGAAGAAUGCAGCUCAUGCGAUACAAAAAUUGUACAGCCUUGAUCCUGAGCAGAAGGAAAUGUUAAUUGAAGUCAUUGAAAAACUUCUGAAGGAUAAAAGCACAUUGGUAGCUGGCAGUGUUGUGAUGGCUUUUGAGGAAGUCUGCCCGGAUAGAAUAGAUCUCAUUCACAAGAAUUACCGCAAGCUCUGUAAUUUACUAGUUGAUGUUGAAGAAUGGGGACAGGUUGUCAUAAUCCACAUGUUAACUCGAUAUGCUCGUACACAGUUCGUCAGUCCUUGGAAAGAGGAUGAUGGUCUGGAGGACCACGAAAAGAAUUUCUAUGAGUCUGAUGAAGAAAAGACUGACAGAAAGAAGAGGACUUACGCUAUGGAUCCAGACCACAGACUUUUAAUUCGGAACACAAAACCUCUGCUGCAGAGCAGAAAUGCAGCGGUGGUUAUGGCUGUUGCUCAGCUGUAUUGGCACAUAGCACCGAAAUCUGAAGCUGGCAUUAUUUCUAAAUCACUAGUGCGUUUACUUCGUAGCAAUAGGGAGGUGCAGUAUAUUGUCCUACAGAACAUAGCAACUAUGUCAAUUCAAAGAAAGGGUAUGUUUGAACCUUAUCUAAAGAGUUUCUACGUUAGGUCAACUGAUCCAACUAUGAUCAAGACACUCAAGCUUGAAAUUUUGACAAACUUGGCAAACGAAGCCAACAUAUCAACUCUUCUUCGAGAAUUUCAGACCUAUGUGAAAAGCCAGGAUAAACAAUUUGCAGCAGCCACUAUUCAAACUAUAGGCAGAUGUGCAACAAACAUCUUAGAAGUCACUGACACGUGUCUCAAUGGCCUGGUGUGUCUGCUGUCCAACAAAGAUGAAAUAGUUGUUGCUGAAAGCGUGGUUGUUAUUAAGAAAUUACUGCAGAUGCAACCUGCACAACAUGGUGAGAUUAUUAAACAUAUGGCCAAACUCUUGGACAGCAUCACUGUUCCUGUGGCUAGAGCAAGUAUUCUUUGGCUAAUUGGAGAAAACUGUGAACGAGUUCCUAAAAUUGCCCCUGAUGUUUUGAGGAAGAUGGCUAAAAGCUUCACGACUGAAGAUGAUCUGGUAAAGCUGCAGAUUUUAAAUCUGGGAGCAAAAUUGUAUUUAACCAACUCCAAACAGACAAAAUUGCUUACCCAGUACAUAUUAAAUCUCGGCAAGUAUGAUCAAAACUACGACAUCAGAGACCGUACAAGAUUUAUUAGGCAGCUUAUUGUUCCGAAUGAGAAGAGUGGAGCUUUAAGUAAAUAUGCCAAAAAAAUAUUCCUAGCACAAAAACCUGCACCAGUGCUUGAGUCUCCUUUUAAAGAUAGGGAUCAUUUCCAGCUUGGUACGUUAUCUCACAUUCUCAACACUAAAGCCAAUGGGUACCUGGAAUUAUCUGAUUGGCCAGAGGUGGCACCUGACCCAUCAGUUCGAAAUGUAGAAGUAAUAGAGUUGGCAAAAGAAAGGACACCAUCAGGAAAAGCAAAGAAAGAGAAUCCUCCUAAGAAAUUUUAUUCUGAAUCUGAGGAGGAAGAGGACUCUUCUGACAGCAGCAGUGACAGUGAGAGUGAAUCUGGAAGUGAGAGUGGAGAGCAGGACGAGGAAGGAGACAGCAGUGGUGACAGCAGCGAGGACUCCUCCAGUGGGAGUGGGAGUGGGAGUGGGAGUGAGUCCGCGGUGAACAAAAGAACGGCCAAGAGGAGCUCCAAAACCAAAGAGAAAGGUGAUUCAGAUGAUGAGGAGAAAGAAAAUGAAAAAUCUGAAACUUCAGAAUCUUCCAGUGCAGAAUCUAGUUCAAUAGAAGACAGUUCCUCAGAAUCUGAAUCAGGAUCAGAAAGUGAAUCUAAAUCCAGAAAAGUCACCAAGGAGAAAGAAAAAAACACAAAACAAGAUAGAAAUCCUGUUACCAAAGGUGUUUCACUUCUAGAUUUAGAUGAUUUUAACCCAGUACCCACACCAGUUGUACGUCCCACAACAGCUCUUUCUCCGAGCUUGAUAGCUGACCUUGAAGGUUUAAAUUUGUCAACAUCUUCAUCAGUCAUUAGCGUCAGUACUCCUGUCUUUGUACCAGGGAAAACUCAUAUGCUGCUUCAUCGGAUGAGUGGAAAAGGCCUUGCUGCCCACUAUCUCUUUUCAAGACAGCCUUGCAUUUUUGGCAGUAAGAUGGUCUCCGUACAAAUAACAUUGAAUAAUACUACAGAUCGAAAGAUUGAAAAUAUCCACAUAGGAGAAAAAAAACUUCCUAUAGGCAUGGAAAUGCAUGUUUUUAAUCCAAUAGAAUCUCUUGAGCCUGAGGGAUCCAUUACUGUUUCAGUGGGUAUUGACUUUUGUGAUUCCACUCAGACUGCCAGUUUCCAGCUGUGUACCAAGGAUGAUUGCUUCAGUGUUAAUAUUCAGCCACCUGUUGGAGAACUGCUUUUACCUGUGACCAUGUCAGAGAAAGAUUUUAAGAAAGAGCAAGCCUGCCUCUCUGCUUUACACCUGCUCAGCAAACCAAGGUGAGUGGCGCACGAGUGACUGAAUAAGGCACUUUUAUUGGGCACAUUUAUUGUUAAGGGGAUAUAGCUUUUUUUUUUUUUUUUUUUUUUUUUAGAAAAGUGCAGCUAAAGCAUAUCUAAAGCAGCAGAUUAUCUUAUACCCUUUUUCUCCCUCGGCUUUGGUUUAGAAUUUCUAUCAAGUUUUUUGUGCUCUGCUGUGGCUGAGGGAUUUUUCCCUGACUAGCCAUACAGAACCGUAAAUGCAUAAGAGAGGUGCGCUUGGAGAACAGCUGCGGUCCUCUGUGGAGUUGUUGCCAAAAUUCCUUUUUCUUCUGCCAUUUUACUUCUAUGGUUGUUGAUUAUUUGUCUGAAUAAAUCUGGCAGCUGUUUGCUAUGUUUAAUAGAGCAGAAAGGCUACUCUGAAUAAAGCUAUUUGAAAAUUUGCUUAUAUGAAGUAUUUGUAAAUCCUUGCAAGUCUCUUGGCAUUUCUGUAUCAUUCUGUCUGUCUUCCUGAAUUCAUUCUUUGACAUGGGACUUGAUGCUGGCAAAUUUACCACAGGUUUAAAGAGUAUUUUCAAUAGCAUCUCUUUAGUUAUAGAUUUCAGCUGAUUUGGUAAUAGAGGUCUCAAUUCUCAACUUUACACAUGUAUGUUUUUGUUAUACUAAUCAUGGAUGAGCUUAGCUUAUUUCACAAAAGAUACCUAGAAAUGGCUCACUAACUGAAAAUCCUAAAUCAGAAUAAAAAUCCUCCCUUAGUAUUUAUCACAGCAAACUUCUGGAAGGCAGAAUGCCACUAAAUACAAGAACUGUCUGUGUGUGCCGUUACAUGGUAGUUUUAACCUAUAUUUCUACUUUAAAUGAAAUGAAUUUACUUUAUACUUCAUUUCACAGGGCAUAUAUAUAUUCUAAGACUAAAGAAAUGCAUUAAAUAUGUUAUUUUGGAUUUAACUAAAAAAAAAUAAAAUGAGGGAUACGUUCUAGUUUAUACUAAAAAUGUACAUAAUUAAAAAGUGUGUACAAUAACAAAUAAGAAUGCUUGUGACAGAUUGUAUAUAUUAAUAUUUUUAAUGAAAAAGUUUUGUUUUGAAUGUACAGUCUGAUCUGUCACUUUCUCUCAGUAGCUGGCAUUCAUUUAGAGUUCAUGGCCGAAGACACUGUCUCAGGUUGACAUUGUGCUAAAUGAAAAAUUGUUUAUCCUGUACAUUCAUACUAUUCAUAUUCAUAAUACUCAUCUUAUGAGCCUUCAUCAGAAGCAUAAUUUUUUCAUUGCUUUGAGUUCUGAGCCUUGCAAAGUGAGUUAAUGAUCUAGCCAUAGGAUGAUUUCAGUACUAUGAGUAACAAAGAUCUCUCUUUUUCUUAAAAAAUUUAAUUUAGACCUAAGUCAGUUCUUAUUCCAGACUGCCUCUUCUUACUCAUUUUCUUCUUAUGAAUUAAAUUGAAAAUCUAAAACCGAGAAUUAUUUUAUUUUUUACAUUAUUUGGUUUGCAUUUUAGUAGUUAAUUACAACUGCUUAACCCAAAUUAAGUGCUGUCUACUGCCUCCCCAGAAUUUAGAUAAAUUCUAUGAAGCAACAAAUUCUGUAGUCUGACAGUUUUUAAGUAUUUUUCCAAUAACUUUACCUUUAUUAUGUAUGAGCAGGCUAUACAGCGUGUUAAAAGUCUGUUUUUAUAGGAGAAACUUAAGGAUACCUUGGCAUGUUUUCUUCCUUGUUAAUUUGAGAAUACCUGAUAUAUAUUCAUUUAGAAAAAUCUCUGGUUGAAGAAAUGUAGAAUGUUUACUUAAUUUUAUUAUGAUUUAUGCAUCCAUCUUAUGGGUUCCUAGCCAGCAAGAUGCUAAUUCUUUAAAUGGUCAGACAUUUACUAUUUUCUG